GCGAUACUAGCAGCGGCUAGCUUAGCUAGUUGGCGGAACACACUAGUGUGUAGACGCAACGCAGUUCAGCCAAGUGGAGAGAUGAUGGUGACCCAUACAAGGGUACCCAUGGCAAAGUUGAGCUGCAAAUUUAGGUAGAUAAAUAUUCGCAAGCACCUGAAACUUCGGGGGAAAAAUAUAUUUAUUUGGCGCAUCAACUAAGUUUUUUGGAGGCGAUGUCUGACGCACGGUUUUGUGCAAACUUGUAGCUUUAACGACAUCGCGAGCGAGAUUCCAGAACAGAGCAGGGGAGCUAGCUAACUUGAGGCUAGCCUCCGAGCUAGUUUCACAAGCCAGGAGUUAGCCACCGAGCUUGGUAGUUUUCUUUUUUUUCCAGACUCGCUGCAUCAAGUUGGGGAACCUUUUUUUAUACGGGAGCAUUGCUGGUCGGAAACUUCCCUCGGUGCCUAGUAAUUACUCGACUGCAUUUAGGCACUUGGCGAUACACAUGAAUUGCUGGUUGGCUAGCUAACCAGCGCAUUAAACCUAUCCAACCAGAGCUAGCCACACUGUACAGCUUGCUAUCCUUCGUGCACUUCCCCCACUCUUCCUCCAACCGGCUAGCCACAACGUUAGUCCGGUACAGAAAAUGAAGCAACCGUCAACAUUUUGGGAAGCCGCCUGGUUGUUUGGAUUGUGCUGAUGUAUGAGGACUCGAUAUCUUUAUUAUCUCUCUCAAGGAGGUCAAAAUCAGUCGAGGGGAUGGACGAGCAGAAAUCAAACUGCGAAGAGAACGACUCUGAACCAACAGCUGAUGACAGCGCCCCUGCAAAGCAGCCUCUAUCCUCUGAGAGGGAGUCUGAGGUCCUUCCUGUUGCAGAUGAUAUUUCUGAUUCUUCUGCAGCCACUUCCAGCACAUCUGUAGAGAGCGUUAGGACCUGUGCUCUCUGCAACUGUGUGGAGCGCAGCCUGCAUGGACAACGGGAACUCCGACACUUUGGGCCAUCUUCCACACGGCUGCCUGUCGAGCCCUCAACCUCACCACUGCCAGGGCCUGGGAAUGAUGACCUGUCUUCCAUUGGGUUUUCCGACUCCUCCUGUCUGGCAGCACUCUUCGAUGACUCAGGGGGUUGUUGGGUCCAUCACUGGUGUGCGGUGUGGUCGGACGGAGUGAAACGGAUGGAGAAUGAAGAGCUGGAGAAUGUGGAUAAGGCCGUUAUCUCAGGGACACAGCGGCUUUGUGAAUACUGCAAAAGGCUGGGUGCAACCAUUCGAUGCCAUGCUGAGGGCUGCUUACGGUUCUACCACUUUCCCUGCUCGGCGGCCAGCGGAUCCUUCCAGUCCAUGAAGCAGCUGGCCCUCCUCUGUCCAGAGCACAUAGACAAGGCUGAGGAGUUGGCAGGUGAGGAGGCUUGGUGUGCAGUGUGUGAUUCAGCGGGGGAGCUCAUGGACUUGCUGUUCUGUACGGGUUGCGGCCAGCAUUAUCAUGCGGCCUGUCUGGAGAUCAGUGCCACGCCCAUUCAGCGGGCAGGGUGGCAGUGCCCAGAGUGUAAAGUUUGUCAGACUUGCAGACAACCAGGAGAAGACUCCAAAAUGUUGGUAUGUGAUGCCUGUGAUAAGGGCUACCACACCUUCUGUCUACAGCCAGCCAUGGACUCUCUUCCAUCUGACCCUUGGAAAUGCAGAAGGUGUCGUGUGUGUACUGAGUGUGGCGUCCGUGGUCUGGUGCUGCCAGGCUCAGCCCAGUGGUUUGACAACUAUGCCGUGUGUGAGGGUUGCCAGCGUCACCGCAGCUCUUUGUGUGUCGUCUGCAGUAAAGCUGCCAGCCCAUCUGUUGGUCUGCAAUGCUGUAGCGUGUGCCACAGGUGGGUGCACCCUGAGUGUGCUUCAUCGGUGGAGCUUCCAGAAGACAAGUGCAUCUGCCUACUCUGCAAGGACACUCAGCAGCAGCCUGUCACUCAAACAUACACAGCUAAGACACAAACUAGAGAGGCAUCUGAGGAGACCGAAGGACACACAGAUUUGGUGGAGAUGACAAUCCAAACAGAUGCAGAUGAGGUGACAAUAGAGCAGACAGACUUAUCAGAAGUGACUGUAGGACAGCAGGGCACAGCAGAGGAGGCGCUGGUAGCUCAGGCUGAGGUCAUGGCUGAUAAAGAGACACCGAUGGAGUUGGGGCUGGAGGCUGAAGUUGUUGAGACAGUAGAGGUUGGAGAGAGCACCAUGGAGGAGGAUAUGCAGCAGGAAGUAGAAGAAUCCUCUUCUGAAGUUCCCACUACUCCACCAGAGUCUACAGAAUGUGGAACAACAGAACAGGGAGCCUCUUGUCUACCUGCUGUUGAAAAGAGACCAGAAGAGGCUGUCAGCCAGCUGGCCCAAGCCACCCCUCCUCAGGACUCCAUGGCAGAGACUCAGUCUAAUAAUCCCAAGGUAGAAACAACAGCAGUGUCACGGCAGGGCUCCGAAAACACGGAGGAGGAGAAGCAGGAGGCCAAGCCCUCAGUUGAGCAAAAAAGCUCACCCGAGGUAUUAAAAAGCAGCUCUGAAGGAAUGCCUGCUACUGAAAUAUUCAGUCAGGCUUCACCAAAGCCACCAGCUCCUUCUGCCUCUAUAGAAGAGAUGGAACCUGUGGCUGUGGCAGUGACUGAGGCUGAUCAGCAGGAGAGAACUCCUUGCCAGGACCCUGGGUCUCCUCCUUCCUUUAUUGCUUCGGCCUCUGUGUCAGUUGACACACAGGAGGUCCUCUCCAUUGUGGAUAUGGAGGGGAGGCUGCUACCUCACUCUGAGGACGAGGAGGAGGAAGAGGAGGAUGAGGACGAUGAACAGUUGAAAGAGGGACAGAAUGAUGAGAUCAAACAAGAGCUGCAGGACUCUCAGGAACGGGAAAUUAAGCCGGAGCUGCUGGAUGAUAUGUCCAACAUGAGCCACGGAGAUGAGAGCAGCAGUGGUUUUCUGGGCUCCCCAGGAGAACCAGAUCCUCAGCUCUCUAUGGAACUCGGCCUUGUACCUGCUGGCCACACACGGGCCGAUAACCUGCACACUGAGACUGAUGACUCACUACCCUUUGACGCCCUCAAAUGCGACAGAGAGAAGGUGAAGCGGAGAGGGUCCCCAGGCCGCUCACGGGUCAAACAGGGACGCAGCAGUAAUUUCCCUGGGAAACGGCGACCUCGAGGGGGUGGUGGGGGGAGGGGUCGUGGAGGGAGGUCACGCCUGAAAGCCAUGGCUUCCUGCAUUGAUGCCUUCUUGCUAAGCAUGACCUCAGACACUGGACUAAAUAAAGAGGAAGAUGAUGAGGAAGAUGACACCAUGCAGAAUACCGUGGUUCUCUUCUCAAACACUGAUAAAUUUGUGUUGCUCCAGGACAUGUGUGUUGUGUGUGGCAGUUUUGGAAAGGGUGUGGAGGGGCAGCUGUUGGCCUGUGCUCAGUGUGCCCAGUGUUACCAUCCUUACUGUGUUAACAGCAAAAUCACCAAGAUGAUGCUCCGCAAGGGCUGGCGCUGUCUGGAAUGUAUUGUGUGUGAGGUGUGUGGAAAGGCUUCAGACCCAUCCCGCCUGCUGUUGUGUGAUGACUGUGAUGUCAGCUACCACACAUACUGCUUGGACCCACCCCUGCACACUGUGCCCAAGGGCGGCUGGAAGUGCAAAUGGUGCGUGUGCUGUGUGCAGUGUGGUUCCAAUUCACCGGGUUUCCACUGCGAGUGGCAGAACAACUACACCCACUGCGGCCCCUGUGCCAGCCUAGUCACCUGUCCAGUAUGUAGAGAGAACUUCAUGGAGGAGGAGCUGCUGCUGCAGUGCCAGCACUGCGAUCGAUGGGUACAUGCUGUGUGUGAGAGUCUGUACACAGAGGAUGAGGUGGAGCAAGCCUCUGAUGAGGGCUUUGCAUGCACAUCCUGCACCCCCUAUGUUCCCAAACCUGUGGUUGUGGAGUCAGCUAUUAUGGCUUCAAUAAAGAUCAAAGAGCCAGAGCCCCAGUUUUAUCGUUUGGAGGGUGUGUGGCUGACUGAGUCGGGCAUGUCCCUGCUGCGCAGCAUAUCCAUGUCUCCUCUACAUAAGAGACGGCAGCGCCGCUCCCGUUUGGGCACCAUGUGUGUUGAAGGAGGUCCUGAUGGAAUGGAACUCAAGGAGGUGGAAGGAGACGGGGAGGACGGCAAAGCCUGUGGGGAGCCCAUGGAAUGUGAACCCAAGAUGGAGAACCCUGGGAGCCCAGAUAGAGAAGGUGGGGCUGACAGGGAGAUGGGUGCAGAAGGAGGCAAUGAAGGCAUAGCUGACUGUGAUGGCCUCAAAGGGGGUGCAGAGGAAACAGAUGAUAGCAAAAAAAGAAAGAGGAAACCAUACAGACCUGGGAUUGGAGGCUUCAUGGUGCGACAGAGGAAGUGCCACACACGGAUGAAGAAGGGUUUUUUUGCCCAGCUUGCCGGAGAGACUACUUUAGAUGGACAGCCUUUAGAGAGAACCAUCGAGGAAGGACCCCAUCCUGACACUGACAACAUAAUGGAUCCAAAACCAGCAGAGGGUGAGGAGCAGGCCAAGAAACGGCGGGGCAGGAAGAAGAGCAAACUUGAGGACAUGUUUCCAGCUUAUCUCCAGGAGGCUUUCUUUGGAAAGACACUGAUGGACUUGAGUAAGAAAGCUGUCAUGGUACCCCCAGUGCAGAGGGCAGGAGCAUGCCCUGUUCGACCAUCACUGCCAGCACUGCCAGGGGUCAGAACUUCUGCCCCGGAGGCUGAGGCCAAGAAUCGGGUUGUGGAAGCUACUCUGCCUCUCAAACAGGAGGGGGGUGAAGCACUCCAAGCUCAGGGAGAGGGUGCAGGAGCUCCUGUGCCGUCGUUGUCUCUGAAGGACCAGACCUCAACUGAUUGUCAUGGUUCUGAUGUGGAGAAAAGUGAAGGUCUUCCACAAGGGGUAGAGAGUCAGGACUCUGAGCAAUUCUUCCGAAAGGUUCUUGGAGUAUCAGACGGCUCUUCUUUGGGUGGCAUGAGGCCCAUCCUAGAGGGCAAUAAGGGAGAGCUCAACCGCAGUGCUCUGCCACAGAGACCUCUCAUCUCAGGUUCCCUGCCCUCUGCUGGAAUGAUGGAUGCCUUCCCUGGCCUCUCUCAGUCGCCAUUCUUUGACAUGCGGGACCGGGCAGGGCUGUUUAGUCCAGAUGGGGGAGAGGAAAGCCCAUGGGCCACUCCAUCUACCCCAGCAACCCCUUCCACGCCACCUACUCCCACUGAGGCAGAGGGUGACGGGCUGUCCUACAACCAGCGCAGUCUCCAGCGCUGGGAGAAAGAUGAGGAGCUGGGAGAGCUUUCAACCAUUUCCCCUGUGCUCUACGCCAACACCAACUUUCCGACUCUCAAGCAGGACUACCCAGACUGGGCUAGUCGCUGUAAACAGAUCAUGAAGAUCUGGAGGAAGGUAUCAGCUGCUGACAAGGUUCCUUAUCUGCAAAAGGCCAAAGAUAACCGAGCAGCUCAGCGGAUCAACAAGGCUCAAAAGCAGGCAGAGAGUCAGGUGUGUAGGCCGGUCAAGACAGACCCAGGACGUGUAAAGGGAGAACGGCCGAGUCUGCACCUCCAGAUCCCUCCACCCUCAGGCUCUGUCUCCACCUCUUCCCAGCCUAGUUCUGCAGAAAGCCCAUUCCCUUUCCCUUCGGAUUCAGGAUCAUCUUCUGCCUUUUUCCCGGAUGGACCAGUCAAGACCCCAGGGUCAGCUGAAAUCCGGACAGACCCCUUGGCCAAGCUGCCUCCUCAGUCCCCCCACCCUCAUUCCCACCCUACCACACCCUUCUCCCAGGCUGGGGCCAGCCCCUUACAGGCCUCCUCCUCAGGUUAUCCAGCUUCUGGCCCACAGGGUCCUCCUCAGGGACGGCCGGCCAGUCUCGGCCCCUUUGACAUGCAACCAGGGACCCCUGGAACCCCCCGACGGUCCCAGCAGGUUGACCCCUACUUUAGAUCACAGCUGCAGCAGCAACAGAGUCACCUACCCCAAUCACAGCAAGGCUCUCAGGAGUCCCUAGGACCCCCAGAAAGCCCUCACUCAAGAGGUGCUGGGCCUGGGGAGUCACCUCUUUUCUCUCCACCUCACACCACACACUAUGGAGACCAUUUCAGAAGCCAGCAAGGGAUGGGGCGACCAGAAUAUGGCUCAUCCGCAUCCCCUUCUGCGGUGGCCUCUUCACCUGCAAGUAUAGGGCAGUACAGGGCUGAUAUGAGUGCACCCUCUCCCCGUUCUUCUUCAACUGGACGACCUGACCUAGUCACUGGCUCCCCUGCUGGGAUGCUAGAAUCUGGGGAUGGUUUGUUCAAGGCACCUUUGACGCCACGGAUGCACCAAGGGGAGGGUGGGGCACUUCAUCCUGGAGCUUCCCCCAGCCACCCUUCUGAAGGCUACAGGCAGUCUCCUUCCACCCCUUUCUCUGACCCCUAUGGCCAGCCACCCCUCACUCCAAGACCACAGUCAGGAGACAGCUGCUCCCCUGUGCCCCAGAGACAUUCUGUAGCCCAGCAGGAGCCCUGCCCCAGAGUGCCCUCCAGCCCUCAAUCUCAGGGCAGCUCUCAAUCUCCUCUCACUCCUGGAGGCCUCUCAAAUGAUGCUUUCUCUGUCCAGUCUCCUGCUACCCCUCGUUUCCAAUCCCCAGACCCUUACUCUCAGCCACCAUCCAGGCCACAGUCUAGAGACCCGUUUGCUGCUCUCCACAAGCCCCCUCGUCCCACCUCUGUUGCCCCAGAAGGAACCCCAAGUUAUAAAAGCUCACCUCAUUCUAACCAGCCACCUCCACCCCUGCCUGCCUCCAAUCCAAUGGGGGAUCCUCUCUCUGGGAAGCCUUCAGCAUCUCCUGCUUUCAGCCACAGUCCCAGUACGGGCAGCUAUCAGAUGACUCAACAGCAGGGUCAGAUGGCUCAGGCUCAGCUACAGCAAUCUCAGCCACAAGGUCAGCAAGUUGGGGUAGAUAAUUUCAACUCCAGGGUUCCACCUCCUUCUGGGACUCAAGAUCCCACAGCUGUCCGGCCUCCAGAUUCAGCUCCUCAGCCAGCUAUGCCAGGCGCCCAAGAAAUGCCUGACAUUUCAGCAGCGCAGGACCCUGCAUUAGUGGGCCUCAGCCCCUCUGAGUUGGAGAAACACAGACAGCGCCAAAAACUGAGGGAGUUCCUAAUCCGACAACAAAUGCAGAGAAACUCAAUGAGACAAGAGAAGGAGGCAGCUGCUGGAAGUGCUUCUCCUGGCUGGCCUGGAGGAGAGAUAGGAGCCUUUCAACAAGACAAGGCCCACAGAGCACCACCACCUUAUCCACAGGAUCGUGUUGCUGCUGCUACUGCUGGAGCUCAGGCUGCUUUGGCAGGGAAGAUGUCCACACCUACUGGUGUCAUUGAUGACAAGCUUAUUCGCCCACCACCUGCAGGAACCCCUGCCAUCAUGGAUCCCAGUGUACUAAGACCACCAGGGCCCACCAAACCUCAGGGCAUGUAUGCCCGUCCACCAUUCCCCCCUCAGUGGCAGGGCCUGGCUCCAGGUCUACGGAGGUUCCCCCAGCCUGGCAUAGAGGCUUUGGGUGCAAGGCACCAUCUCAACCCUGCUGUAAACAUCCAGGCAGUCCAGAGUAUGGCUAACCCUCGCGUCAUGAUGCCAGGACCUGGUGGAGAGGCCUUGCAGCCAAUGGGGCAGGGUCCCCCGCCACAGUUCAUUGAAUUAAGACACAACUCUCAGAGGCCACCCCUGGGACCCCAGUUCAUGCCUCGAGGGCCCCAGCCCAGACCGCGUCUAUAUGUCCCACAGCAAGAAAUGACAGCACCUUAUGUUCAACAGCAUCCUAUACCUCAAGCUGGUGACAUUCAAGCAGAGGGGGGCAGUGACUCACAGCUGGGAUUACAGCAGGGUGGGCUAUCCAUCUUACUGCCUCAGCAGUCUUCUGGCCCUGCAUCACAACAGCCCCAACUCCAGACCCAGGCAGCUAAUCCCACUCCCAGCACUCCUAGCACUGAGCAGCAUCAGCCUCUGCAACCUAGCUUGGUUGCAGAGCCCCAGGCUGCCGCUGUAGAUACCAAUGUGGAACUUGCAGAGCCUGAUCUGGAGGGACUUGGUGAUGCCCCUGGAGAUGGAGGUGUGGAGGAUGAGGAUGAUUUGGCACUGGACUUGGACCCUGACAAAGGAGAUGAUGACCUGGGCAACCUGGACAAUCUGGAAACCACUGAUCCACAUCUAGAUGACUUGCUCAACAGUGAUGAGUUUGACCUGCUUGCUUACACUGACCCUGAACUAGACCAAGGAGACCCUAAGGAUGUCUUCUCAGACCAGCUUCGGUUGGUGGAGGCAGAAAGUGAAGCACCUUCAUCUUCGUCUGGAUCUGCAUCUAUUAAAGUGGAAGAGAAACCCAAGGUGGAGCCAGGACAGAACUCAACAGCCCCUACAACUGCAGGGGGCUCUGCUACUCAGCUGUUGUCAUCUUCAGGUAGUGCUGAUGCCUCCAAAAUUAAACGGGAGGACAGAGGCCUCACCCCUCAAGUGCAGCCAGAACAGACUGUAGUGAAAGAUGAAAUGGGGGAGGCUGUAUCCAUGCUCCUUGGUGGGACCACAUCAUCGGCCAAGACUACACAACCAGAAAACCAGACGGCUUCACUCAGUUCUGUUCGGUUAGGAGGGGUUCCAUACCCUUUGCCAGGCCAAGCUGAUCCUUUGUCCUUCCCUCCAGCCACUCCACACCCAGAUAUGGGGGAUGACCCGCUGGGGUUGCCGGAUGUUGGAGGCCAGCACUCCCCUGCUGUGGAUCUAGCCAAGGUGGAGAGCUCCUUAGAUGGUGAACUUCCUCUUCUGAUCCAGGAUCUACUGGAACACGAGAAGAAAGAACUGCAGAAGCAGCAACAGCAGCAACAGCUCAGCUCUCUUCACCAGGGAGGUGUAGCUUCACAUAUGCCCGGCAUCCCAGGUCAACAGCCUAAUCCACAGGCACCUGGGCAGAUAAUGCUGCCUCAACAUCAUCGCCCCCCACCCCAAGGAAUGAUGGGUCAGCCAGGGAUGGUACCCCGUCCUCCACCCAUUCUGCAGCAGCAACAGCAGCAAAGGCUCAUAGCAGCUGGGAUUGCAUCUCCAUCCCACAUGGCCAUGGCUCAGCAGCAAACCAUGAUGAGGAUGGGACAGCCUGGAGGUAUCCAUCCCAGUCUCAGUCAUCAGCAGCAGCAGCAGCAGCAACAACAACAGCAACAACAGAUGGUCAAGCAGUCACCACUGGCCAACAACUUCUUCCCUGAUAAAGAUUUAGACAAAUUUGCUACUGAUGACAUCAUGGAUCCCAUUGCUAAGGCAAAGAUGGUGGCUCUCAAGGGUAUCAAAAGAGUAUUAGCACAGGAGCCAAUGGGUGUUCCCCCUGGUAUUAACAGGCAACAAGUUUCUCUACUUGCCCAGAGGCUGGCCUCUGCUCCGGGCACAGACCAGGGCCAGCUUACAUCAGGACCAUCAAAAGAGGGAGAAACCAGUGACCCAACCCAGUCAAGACCCAAUCCCCCACAGUUUGUGCAAGGAAUCAUCAAUGAUGCAGAACAGCACCAAUAUGAGGAGUGGCUUCUACAUACCCAGCAGUUACUCCAGAUGCAGUUAAAAUUUUUAGAGGAACAGAUUGGAGCUCACCGCAAGUCCCGCAAGGCACUGUGUGCCAAGCAGCGUACUGCUAAGAAAGCUGGCAGGGAGUUUGCUGAGGCAGAUGCAGAAAAACUCAAGUUGGUUACAGAGGAGCAGAGCAAAAUACAGAAACAGCUUGACCAGGUUCGCAAGCAGCAGAAGGAACACACAAAUCUUAUAGCAGAGUACAGAAGCAAGCAGCAACAGCACCAGCAAGGUUCAGCUCUUCUGACCCCAGGACAUUCUACACAGGGCCCCCCUCACAUGCUGUCCAAGAUGCCCGGCCAGAUGAUGAUGGGUCAACAGGGAACUCCAAUGAUGGGUCAGCACCCUGGCAUGAUGCCGCAAGGUGGAAUGCCUGUUAGGAUGCCCCAGGGGCAGCCUCUCAUGGGAGGAGCCCAACCUCAGCUCCCUGGAACUCUUGGAGCCAGAGCUCCUGGCCCUCUUGGAGCUCCUCCAGGGUUCUUUCCACAGGGAGCUGCAAUGCAAGGUGCAGACCCCAGGCUUCUCCAGGAGAGGCAACUUCAGCAUAGGAUGCAGAUGGCCAAGCUCCAACAGCAGCAGCAAGUUAUGAUGGGCCAGCAGCCAAUGCAACACCCAAGCCAACAAUCUGGUAUGAUGACCCAGCCACAGCCUGGUAUGAUUGGGAACCCACUUAUGGGACAGCAACAGCCGAACACUCAACAAGGAAUGCUGGCUAAUCAGAACAAUCAACAGAGCAUGAUGCAGAUUUCCCAAGGAAUGAUUAGCCAGCCUGUGGCACCACCUCCGCAGAACCUUAUGGGUGGCCAGCCCAUAAACCAACCUCAGGGCAUGAUGACAGCUCAACCUGGGAUCAUGGGGAACCAGCCUGUUGGGCCACCCCAGCAGCAGCAGAGACCUCAGGUGAUGAUGGGCCAGCAGGGAAUGGUUGGAUCUCCAGGUCAUCCUGGCCUCAGAGGUCCCCAGUCCCAGCUGACUCCACAACAACAGGCUAUUAUGGCCCAGCGUAUGCUUGCAUCUCAGCAGCAGAAUGCUGCCAAGAAUCUAGCCCACCUUCAGCAGCACCAGAUGGCACAGCAAAGACAACCAACGCAAAAUUUAAUCAAUCAUUCCAGCCAAGAGCAGGGAGGGCUCUCUCAACCAUCUACCCCACAAAUGGGUUCCUCGCCUUCAGCAGGAAAUACCACACCCCAGUCACAGGGAGCCCCUGAGGGCUUACAGCAGGGGUUUCCACAGGACAGCCAGAAUUCAGGCCCCAAAGAGGGUGGGAUCCUCAGUCCUGAUCCAAGAACCCCACCCCAGCGAAGUGGACCUUCUACUCCCAAUCAAAUGGCUCAGCCAAGCUCUGCAGGAGAUCAGCAAACUGAUAUGGGGCAACAGCAACAACAGCAUCAAAAUCAGGUUUAUAUGGCUCAACAACCACAAACAAAUCCUCAGUCUGUACCUCAGCAACAAUCAGGUUUGGUUGGAAACCAACAAACUGGCAUGCUUCCUCAAGUGCAGCAACAGCAGCACCAGCUCUCUCUCCAGAGGCAGGGGUCCCUCAGUAGUGACAAGUCUGGUUUGUGCACAGUAAAAGAAGAAGUGCCACAGAUAGAUUUUUUAGCCCAGCAGCAACAACAGCAAACUGUUCAGAAUGUCAUGCAGACAUCACAGGAUCCCAGCAUUCAGCAGCAAAUUAUGGGCCAGAAUCAUGCUGGGCAGCCACAGCCCAGUGUGAUGGCUCAUCCUAGUCCUCAGCAGCAAGCUCUCAUGGCUCAGCAUCAAAAACAACAGGCCAUGAUGGGCAUGAUGAGAGCCCAGCAGCAAGGAAUAAUGGCACAGAGGCCUGGGGUUCCACCUGGACAGAUUCACACCCCCAUUAACAUCCAAGCUAUCAUUGCUCAGAACCCCCAGCUCCGCACUCUUCCUCCAAAUCAGCAAAUACAGCACAUCCAGGCUAUGAUUGCUCAGCGGCAGCUCCAACAGGGUCAAAUACUACGGAUGUCUAUGGGCCAAGGCCAGCCAGGCCAGUUGAGGCCUCACAUGCCACCAGGACAGGUACCACAGGUUGGACAGCGGAUGCCAGGGAUGGAGAGCCAGCAGAUGCCAUAUGGAGGCAUGGGGAAACCAGGAGCUGUGGGCACUCCACAACAGCCAGGUAUGCUGGGCCAACAACCUGGAGUUACUACUCAGAUACAGCAGGGAAUGAUGGUCCCUGGCUUACAGCAGCAAUCACAAAUAGGACAGAUAACACAGCAACAGCAGAUUAUGAGAGGCCAGGUGUCAUCAGCUCGUUCUCCCAUGGACCAGGGCCGUAUGGUCAGGCCCAUGUCUCCACGUCAGCCAUUGGCCAACUCUCCUGGAGACCCACAACGGCAUGUCGUAACCCAGGCUAUGGGGAUGCGUCCACCCACACCCAACCAGAACCAACAGCAAGCCCUCAUGGCAGCUACAGCGGGCCGUUUGCAGAGCUCUCCAGCCCAUGCAGGUUCUCCAAGAGGCGCCUCGGCACAGAGGCUUGAUUCAGGCAUGAGCCCAGCCACUCCAGGCACACCUCAUUCAACCCAUGUGUCUUCUCCCUCUAUGGUUGACAGCGGAACUGCAAGGGGGAGUCCCUACAGCCAAGUCAAGGCAUCUCCACUCAGGUCACCUGGCGCUAAGAGUCCACUUGAUUACCCAGGACUGAAAGCAGAACCCCACACUUCUGGCAGUGAAUCAUGUCAAAUAGCCACAGUCCCCCACAGUGGGUCACAGCAAGGUGAGAAUGCUCAUCAACAGCCACACACACAUCUUGGCUCUAGAGAAGGGGACUUGUGCAAGAUGACUCUACAGAACAUCAAGCAGGAGCCCAAGGAAAUUCAGUGUGAUGGUGAGGGAGGAGAGGCUCAUUCUGGUGCUAUAAAGCGAGAAGCCAGUGGUGAGCCAGUUAAUUCAAACAACACUAGCUCUGUAAAUGCUGGAAACAUGGGAGGAGAUGGUGGGGCUCAAGGUGCCAGAUCUGAGACUGGACAACAACUACUCCAGAAACUUCUAAGAACCAAGAACCUUCAGCUUGCUGCUCAGAGGCCUUCUGAAGGCAUCCACAGUGAGAUUAAUGGCCACAUCAAUAGCAAACUGGCCAUGCUGGAGCAAAAGCUUCAGGGGACACCACGUAACAUGGAGGAUCUACAGUCAAUCACAAAAAGGGCUCCUGUAGCAAAGGCCAAGCGCACUAAUAAGACUACUGGAGGGCCUAACUCUCGCAAGAAGAACAAGAAGGAAGAAGUUGGGAAGAGUGCUGAAUCCCUGAUGAAACAACUGAAACAGGGCCUCUCUCUGCUGCCCCUGAUGGAGCCUUCUAUCACUGCCAGUCUGGACUUGUUUGCCCCUUUUGGCAGCAGCCCAGCUAAUGGCAAGGCCCAGCUCAAGGGUUCCUUUGGAAACGCAGUGCUGGACAACAUCCCAGACUACUACUCUCAGCUGCUCACAAAGAGUAACCUCAGCAACCCACCAACACCCCCAUCCUCCCUGCCCCCUACACCACCACCCUCAGUACAACACAAACUGCUCAAUGGGUUGACUGCUGUGGAGGAGCUGUCUGAGGCCCCAAAAGAGGCGAGGCCAACAGAGGAAUCUAUGGAGGAGGUGAAGAGUGUGGACAUUCUAGCUGCUCUCCCUACCCCACCGCAUAACCAGAAUGAGGACAUCAGGAUGGAAAGUGAUGAUGAGGAUGCCCCAGAAAGCAUCAUCCCAGCCUCAUCUCCUGAGAGUAAUGUAGGUGAUGAAACACCACGUUUUCCUCGCCUCUGGGAACCCAAAGAAGAGGAGACGGAGAGAGCAAUAUCACCCAUCAUCCCCCUCAUACCUCGAACUGCCAUUCCAGCAUUCCCAGAGAACAAACCAUUUGAUGCAGGCGAUGGCAAGGUAGUUUCCACAUCUAACCAAUGGGACAAGGCCAAAACGAAUGAGGUGUCUGUUACGUUCACGUUGUCUUCUGCUGCAGCCAAGAAUCUUAACCAUGUGAUGGUGGCCAUGGCCCAGCUGCUACACAUAAGGAUGCCAGUUUCUUAUGAGGUGACCUUCCCACCAAGCCCUGGCAUGCCCGGAGUGGUUGGGCCCGGAAAAAGCCCCGACCAGUCAGGGGCUUUGUGUGCAAAGGAUGGUGCUUCACCCAAUCAGGAUGAGUGGCUGAGGCAGUUUGAUGUGUCUCUACCAGGCUGCACAUUGAAGAAACAAGUGGACAUUUUGUCACUCAUCAAACAGGAAUUUCCAGAGCAAGAGGACAAACCGGUCCAGCAUUGUUACACAACCAAUGUGAAUGACUUGGAUGUCCGCCACCUCCCAAUUAUACCAGUGGAGGAAUCUCCGCCUCCAUCACCCUCCCCUCCACCACCACCCUCAUCUGUCCCAGAUCCAACUAUUGAGGCUGAACCUUCCACAAAACCAGCCUCACCAUCCUCCUCUCCCUACAGUCCCAACAAUGUCCCAAUUAAGACUGAGCCUGAGCAGAGUGCUAUUGCUCCUCCUUGUGAUGCUGAACCAGUGGACGAGAAAGAACCUGUUGUAGCUGCUUUAGAAUCAGCCACUGAUCCAGCUGCUACCUCUACACUUCCUGCUCCUACUGAAGAUGCUAUGGAUUCUGUUGACAAGGAGACCAGCUUAGCUGGUGAGCCAUCUGUUGUUCCCAAGGAUUCCCCCACUGCCAUGGAGGCUUCCCCGAAGCCCAUCAAGCAGCGCAGGCCUCUCUCCCCUGAAGAGGAGGUGUUACAACCUAAGGUGAAGAAGUGGAAAGGGAUUCGCUGGAAGCGUCUUCAAAUUGUCAUCACAAUUCGUAAAGGUGGUUCCAAGAAGGAAAACAGCCGUGAGGUGUCCGAGCUGAUGGAGCGCUUGCGCAUCACUCUGCGACCAGACAAAUUGCCUCGGGACAAACGCAAAUGCUGCUUUUGCCAUGAAGAAGGUGAUGGGGCCACAGAUGGGCCAGCCCGCCUACUUAACAUUGACGUGGACCUAUGGGUGCACCUUAACUGUGCCCUGUGGUCCACAGAGGUGUAUGAGACACAGGGUGGUGCUCUUAUCAACGUGGAGGUGGCCCUGCGUCGUGGCCUGCGCACUCGCUGCGCAUACUGCCAGAAGACAGGUGCAACCAACAGCUGCAACAGACUGCGCUGUCCCAAUGUGUAUCACUUUGCCUGUGCCAUCCGGGCACGCUGUAUGUUCUUCAAAGACAAGACCAUGUUGUGCACUCAGCACAAGCUGAAGGGCCCAAGUGAGGAGGAGCUCAGCAACUUUUCUGUCUUCCGCCGUGUCUACAUCGAGCGUGAUGAGGUCAAGCAGAUUGCCAGCAUCUUACAGAGAGGAGACCGCAUCCACCUGUUUCGUGUGGGUGGCCUCAUCUUUCAUGCUGUUGGCCAGCUCCUGCCCUCUCAGAUGGCCAACUUUCAUUCACCCACUGCCAUAUUCCCUGUCGGCUAUGAAGCCACACGCAUCUACUGGAGCACACGUGUGCCCAACAAGCGCUGUCGCUACCGCUGCCGCAUCAGUGAGCAUGAUGGCCGCCCCCUGUUUGAGGUGCGCGUUCUGGAGCAUGGAAUGGAGGAUUUGCACUACCAUGACACCACUCCAGAGGGGAUCUGGGAUCGGGUGGUACAGCAGGUGGCUAAGCUGCGGGACGAAUCAGCCAUGUUGAAACUGUUCACUGAUCAUGUCAAGGGAGAGGAGAUGUAUGGCCUUACAGUUCAUGCUGUUAUGCGCAUCACCGAGUCGCUACCUGGAGUGGAGAGCUGCCAGAACUACCAGUUCCGUUAUGGCCGCCACCCUCUAAUGGAGCUCCCUCUCAUGAUCAACCCCACUGGCUGUGCUCGCUCUGAACCCAAGGUCCCCACACACUGCAAGAGGCCCCACACCCUAAAUAGCACCAGCAUGUCCAAGGCCUACCAGAGUACUUUCACAGGGGAAAUCAACACGCCAUACAGCAAGCAGUUUGUCCACUCAAAGUCUUCCCAGUAUCGGCGGCUGAAGACUGAAUGGAAGAACAAUGUGUAUCUGGCACGUUCCCGCAUCCAAGGCUUAGGUCUGUAUGCUGCCAAGGAUCUGGAGAAGCACACCAUGGUCAUCGAGUACAUCGGUACAGUCAUCCGCAACGAGGUGGCCAAUCGCCGUGAGAAGAUCUACGAAGAGCAGAACCGUGGCAUCUACAUGUUCCGUAUCAACAACGAACAAGUUAUCGAUGCCACUCUGACAGGCGGCCCAGCUCGCUAUGUCAACCACUCCUGCGCCCCCAACUGUGUUGCAGAGGUUGUCACAUUUGACAAAGAGGACAAGAUCAUCAUCAUCUCCAGUCGCAGGAUCCCCAAGGGCGAAGAGCUGACCUACGACUAUCAGUUUGACUUUGAAGAUGAUCAGCACAAGAUCCCUUGCCACUGUGGAGCCUGGAAUUGCCGAAAGUGGAUGAAUUAACGGAGAACUCCCUCCUCACUGGUGCCAGAACACUCCUGCGCCAAAGCCUUUGAAUCCUACUUAACCCAGUGCAUAAGCUGUUCUGAAACACGCGGAGGACCACAUGCCUCCAUCAAUGAAAGACUAUAGUGUUGACACCUGUAGCCAAAGGUUUGAAGAGCAUUAACCGAUAAAAGCAACCGACCACCUCCACUAACAGCAGCCUGAUGGUGGGACGAUGUUUUCUGUUUGGACUCGUGAUUUAUCCUUUCCUCAGCCAAAAGCAACCCUUUCCCCCCUCUACUGCUCUCAAUAAGCUGACAGUGGCUGGAAACAAUCCUCAACAUCUACCAAAUGAUUUUGAUCCUAUUCUUCUGUCUGCUAUCAAUACUCAUAUAGCGCAGAGCUCACCCAAGAGCUUCAACAAAAAGCCAUUUUAAAUACUAAGAAUAAACUAAUGCAUUUUUAUGUUUUAAGUCGGACCUAUUUCCUCUCCUACCCCACCUCCCCCUCACCUCCCAGGAACAAGACACUUUCCCAUCAAGUCAUCAAUGAAGACAACAUGGAUAUUGGCUAGCUAGACAAUCUUGAUGUGGCUCUGUGUAGAACUGCAUAUGAUCGAUGGAUAAGAUGUAAGUUAAUAUAAAAGUUGAGAUGCUAUUGACCCGUGGCUCCAGAGGCACCAGAUGUUUUGACUGUAUGGAGUCUAAAGGUGGGUUAUUUGGACCCAGUCUACCUCAUUGAUUUAGUGGGAAGUGACUGCUUUGUAUAAAAACUGUUAACUGCUACUGUGGAAUGGGGGGGAAAGGGGGAAUGUUUUUACGGGCUUAGCCUUCUCGGACAAGCAGGGAAUCUUAAGCAGCAGGUUUGCUCUAUCUACUCUAUGCUGAUGAUGAUUUACAAUAAUGAGCCAACAUAAUUAUAAUUAUUCAUGAAUUAUUUAUACAGAGGAAAUAUAUGACAGUUUUGAUAAGAUAUUGCAUUAAAAUCACAAUCAGAAGCUUAGUAGGUGUCCUGUAUUGCCACCAAAUCAUCCUGGAUAUUCAUGUAGCUUUUUUGUUGUAUUUAUGCAUCUAGAAACCAUGCUUUUAGCUGUGUGAAAGCACAAUAACAUCCACCUUUUUAAGUUGCUUGAGACAGAGUGAAGGUGCGAGUGAUGGCUUUAGAAUCACACGAGGAUACUUAAGUCUGUCAAGUCCAAAUUAAUCGCGUAAAGGAAACAUUCUGCUUGUUGCUUCAUGCAUUUAAGUUCCACUUGAUGAAAACUAGCUGGUGGAUGCACGACUACUAUCCCAUUAAACACUUUUUAUUCCCUAUCAACUCUAUCUUUUCACGACUCCACUCUAAACCUUGAAUCAUGCCUCUUCCUCUCUGUAUCAUGUUGUGUACUGUUGUUAAACUUUACUGUAGUAAGUCUUCUUUUGCCUCAGUCCAGCCUACAGUGUAUCUGCUUCCCUGUAGUGUGGUUUUUUUCUAGUGGUGGUACUGUCUUCUUGAGGCUGAACUGAUGGCAGGGGGAGACUUAUUGGAAAAAAGGGCAUUUGUUCUCAUUUCUGUGUAAGAUGAAAGAAAAAAGUCUUUAAAGAAGGGAGCUUUACUAAAACUCCACCUUCCCAUACUACUUUGUUUCCUCCUUCCCCUAACCUAAGACCUCACAUGAUUUAAAAAUGCAAACUUGUAAAAACUGUAUAUAUAUGCAUUAGGGGACAGCAAACUCUUUAUCCACCCCCUUUGUAAUCAAUAAAGUCAAAGUGUAGAGAAAUAAAAUUGAAAAAAUUCAACCACUGGAUAUCAUUUUAUCAUAAAGAUAAAGCUGUAUAUAUAUAUAAAUAUAUGUAAAAUGGCAAACUAAUAUCUUGAUAUGUAUAUGAACCAGAGUGUUUUGCAUUUACCUGUUUUUUCUAUUAGUGUUUUUGCUAUAAGCUCUCAAAGACAAGUUUGUUAAAAUAGGUUUGUGAAAAUGUCUGGUCUUCUCCAGUUGAUUGGGAUGAGAAGCCGAGGUUAAUUGCAAAACUGUGUGCAAAAACGGAUCCACGUGGAGCGUCAUCAAUAGACAUGGAAAUCACUUUAUUGCAUAACGCAGUACAAUGGUGCAUAGCAUAGCAUUUGUGUAUUUAUGUAAUAUUGUUUGUUUUUUGUUUUGUUUUGUUUUUUCUUGUUUUGUUUUGUUUUCUUUUUAUUUAUGCUACUGCUCGUUGGUUACCAAAACCUGUCCCUUAAUUGGUCACAGUUGGAUUAGUAUACUCUUUGAAUGGAAAAUCUUGAAUUCCCUAGGAUAUUAUGAUUAGUGUUUUUGCUUUUUUUUUUUUUUUUUUUUAAUUUUAUUUUUUAAAUAUCUUCCCUAUAGAAGUGAAUGUGUUGGUAAACCUUGUGAAAUGGUUACUUGGCCUAAUGUAUGUUAUGAUGUAAUACUCAAAAGUUAAUCCCAUACUUACCUGGUAAUGGAUUGCACUCAUAGUAUAAUGGAGAACUUCUCUAAAGUGGUAGAUACUGAUCAAGUGUAUGAGGCAGUGAUAUAUAAAUAUAUAUAUAUAUAUUUUUUGGUAUGUUUCUAUUUCAAGGGAAGACCAUGACAAGACAUUAUGCCGCUCACUGGAUUUUAGCCUGAAUAAUUUUUACCUUCUCUGAAUCUUAAUUUAAGUUCUCUGCAUAUCUUAUAAUUUAAUAAUAAAGAGAUUGCUCAAAUUGAAGGUUUUUUUUUAACCUAACCUACUUUUUAAAAAGAUGUUGCAUCUGUACAGCAGAGAUACUUUUAGGGAAUAUGAAUAAAUAUAAUGAUCAUUUUUAUUGUAUGUGGCAUGUUUUGUAUGGAUAUUAUUUUGAAUUGUACAUAUUUUUUUGAGGACGCCAGAGGUUGCAUCUCUUUAUAUACAGCUUUCCCCUCCCUUUCCCCAUCAUCUUAUUUCUUUGUCUGCUUUUAUUUCUUGUAAAGGAAAAUAAAAUGCAUUUUAAAUA